AUGGCUCCUGCCAUCAACAUCGAGUUUGCGCCAGCUGCUCGCCAGAACUCGUUCGAACCACCGAAGCCCCCCAUGGACCAAGACUCCUUGACACCGCCAGAGCGAGGACGACCGCGGUCGCGCCCUCGCGCCGUCACGGAUCCGUUCAACAGCGGAGGAAAUGUGAUCGUGGGACGUCUUCACAGCAACUCAAACGCGGGCCUCUCCCCUCAUAUGACCUCGGGUCUUUCUCCUCGAUCAGACGCGACGCGCUCGCUGUCACCUCUCGACCGCCAGGGCACGAGCCCUUCCAGGAGGCGUCAGUCGACAUCUGCAGUGCCCAACAACGUGAUUGCCCUGCGAUUGGCAGACCCAGAGUACCAGAAUGCGCAGGACAGUGGCAAUGCGAAGAGGGUCCAAAAGCACCCAGCGACGUUCCAGUGCAACUUGUGUCCCAAGCGGUUUACUCGCGCGUACAAUCUGAGAUCGCAUCUGCGGACUCACACGGACGAGAGGCCGUUCGUCUGCACCGUGUGUGGCAAGGCCUUUGCACGCCAGCAUGAUCGCAAACGUCACGAGGGCCUUCACUCGGGCGAGAAGAAGUUUGUUUGCAAGGGCGAUCUCAAAGCCGGCGGUCAGUGGGGUUGCGGACGGCGGUUUGCUCGUGCCGACGCUCUCGGCAGGCAUUUCAGGUCCGAAGCUGGUCGGAUCUGCAUCAAGCCGCUGCUCGACGAGGAGAUGGUCGAGAGGAACCGCGUCUGGCAGGAGCAGCGCAUGCAGAACAUGGCGCACAACAUGACGGCUCCCCAGAUGGGCGGCUUGGAGGCUCCUCCUGGCUACCCCAUGGACCCCAACGGCCAGUGGCUGCCGCAAGCCCUGCUGGUGCAAUACCCUGCACUGGCGGGCAUGAACUGGUCAGGCCAGGAUGCCAACAGUGGCAUGGAGGACGAUAUUUCGGGACGGUCUUCGUUUGAUGCUAGCGACUACGAGGGCGAAGAAGGCGGAUACGUCAGCGGCCCGGGUACGGGAUUCGGUGACGGAGGUGUGAGCCAAAACUUUGGCGAGGUGGGCUAUGCGAGCGACUAUGGCGGUCGCUAG